GCGUAAAACAGCAUGUAUAUUGUCUAUAGAAGUACAUGCAAAAUUGUGUUAUUUAAUUAAUUAUCUUCAAUAGAAAAAAUGAGACGUUUCUGUGAAUAAUAGUGAAAAAUGACAAUGAUGUGAGAAUAAAAUAAGAAAACACAGCCUUGUGCAAAUUUUUUAAAAUGUUGAAAGAGGUUGAGAAUGGAUAUCUGGGAUGGAGGAGGGGAGGGGGGUAUAACCCUUCUCAGAUAUACUCCCUGCUCCCCCCAACCUCCGCGAGGACUCAAUGCAAGGACUAAAGAUAGGUUUCUCAGUAAACUCCGGAGACGGAGCAGGUCCGCUCCGAGAACAAGAGAGCCUAAACCCAUCACCUACUCCGCUAACGGAGAAAAGUUAAAAACCAGUGAGAAACCAGGGCGAGUGGAGUUGGUUGGAUUUACAACCUAUUCCAACCUUACUCCAGGUAGCCAGGAGAACAGGGAGUUUAACUCAGAGGAGACUCUAACCUCAGCCGAGAUUAAGGAGAAGAGGAGAUUAAAACUAACCGAUAUGAACGGUAGGUGUGGAGAGGCUGAUCCAGGGCCCCACCCUAGGAUUGAGAACGGGUUUAAUCACAAACCCCUUUCUAGCUCCGAUAAUAGGUUGGGUUCUAGGGAGAUGUAUCUAGCUCAUCAGAGAAGUUUGCUUGAACAAGGAAACCUAAAGAAUAACGAUGUUUUCUCCCAGUUUAUCCGAGAGAGAGAGGAGAGAAUGAGGCGUCUCACCGGAGGUUUAUUACUUAAACAGACAGCUUUCCUUCCCAGUACAAACCCGGCCUCACAGCUGAUAGAUUUACGGUCCAGAUACAACCCGGAGCAGAGCAGAACCAACCCUAUACAAGAGACUGGAACCAACCCUCUUCUACAGGAGACUACUGCCAACCGUUUACAGGACACAGAUUCUGAACACUCUAGUCAGUAUCAGAACCAGGAGAGAGAGAAAUGUGAUAAAAGUGAUAAAAAUUGUGAAGGCUUACAGGAGGAAUUUCGUAGUUCCAGAAAGGAACGAGUUAUUCCGAUACAAUUUAUAAAUGAACCGAUGUUACCUAGAUUGGACUCUGUUCAACAAGGAGGGGUUGAGAAAACCACUCUUCUCCAUCCUGAUCUUUCUCCGAUCCUUAGCUCCGUCCCAUCCCUAUUCUCCGACCUAAAACUGGACUCCAGGUCUAGCCUUGAGCACGCCAGGUUUGCCUCAAACUUCGGGUUCGGAAAGUUUGGUGAUGAUAUUUCAGCGUUCCGGAACGGAAUCCGAGAAUCCUUUUUCGGAUUUCAAAAUUUUGGGAAAUUCCCGAGUUUUGGCCCCUUACUUCCGGGGGACAGUUUAAACCUAUCUCCUCAUACAAGAAGACAAGGACUUAGAGAAAAGAAGCGACUUCAAAAGUCCAAAUCCACCUCGGAUCCACCUAAAAACUCGUUUAGGUAUGUGAAUGAUGGCGGUGUCGAGUUCCCGAGUUCAGAAACUGAAUCUGAGGAUGAUCUGGACAGUGUGAGUGUUGUGGCGCGGACCCGGGACAGAUUAUCUGGAACAGGUUCUACGCAAUCAGAGGACUCCUCAACACACUCCGGAGAGUCUUCAAUCCACUCCCACUCCACCGUAUCCCAGGACUCCGGUAUAUCGGAGACAGAGGAUUCGCGAACUCGAACUAAACCCUCACGACCCAUUAGUGCCGUUCCGUCUGAGCUAAGUGAUGUAUCCGUCCUGACCGGGGUUUCCCAAGGGUCGGACGAAAACCCGUGUGAUAGAUCGUCCGUGUCUGGUUCCGGAGAAGCGAAGAGAUGUUCUGAACCUAGCUCCGAGGAUAUUGAGAAGAAGAAAGCUAAAGUUUAUAAUAUUGCCAAGGAACUCCUUUCAACGGAAAUACGUUACGUUGCUAACCUUCAUUUAAUUGAUCAGGUUUUCCAUUUCCGUGUUGAUCAGGAGAACAGGAGUUCUAACCUGUUUCCUGGUGAAACUAUCCCUGCAAUAUUUUCUAAUAUAAAAUCUAUUUACAAGUUCCAUGCCGAGUUCCUGCUACCACAGUUAAAAGAGAGGAUGGAACUGUGGCCUAGCUCCCCCGAGUACCAGAGGAUUGGAGACAUCAUGAUCAAAUACUCCCCCUUCCUCAUCAUGUACACGGAGUACGUCAGGAGCUUUGAUACAUCCAUGCGCACCAUCAACCACCUGUACAACAAGAACUCUAAGUUUGCCGCGCUCAUGGAUGAUAUUCAUGCCAUGGAAGAAUGUGAAAACCUAAGUUUGCAACAUCACAUGCUUUCCCCUGUACAACGGAUACCACGAUACCAACUCCUCCUAGCGGAUUAUUUAAACAACUUGCCGUUCAACUCUCCAGAUAGAGCAGACGCAGAGGGUGCGUUGAGGCAGGUAUCCCAGGCUGCUGCACAUGCUAACGACUCGAUGAAGCGUAUUGAACAGUUUAAGAAGCUGCUGGAGGUCCAGGAGAGUACUGGAGGAAGUAUAGAUCUGGUUUCUCCAACCAGAGAACUCAUUAGGGAGGGAAGGAUCGUCAAGAUCUCUGCUAGAACCGGAGAUCACCAAGAAAGAUAUCUUUUCCUGUUGACCGACCUGCUACUCCUCUGCUCUAACCGGAAGUCUAUGAUUUCUGGAUCCCAGUACGGAGUCAGAGCAAAGUUUAUGGUGGAAAAUUUACAGGUAUCUGAAGGGGAUAAUCUUGUAACCGCAAAUACGUUCUAUCUCCGGGAUGAGACUAAAUCUGUUGAACUGUAUACUACAACUAGAGAGGAGAAGGACGAAUGGAUUCAGGCUUUGUACUUUGCAAUCAAAAGUUUAUAUACAAGGAAGUCCUCCCUACGAGUUGGUCGUGAAGUGCUCCGCCCUCUUGAUUGUGAACUAGGGAAGAGGAAGCCCCACCUUCAGAAACUUGAAACUGCGCUCAAGUGCGCAGAGUGCAGCGCACAGUUUGGUAUUCUCAAGCACAAACACAACUGCAAAACAUGUGGAGCGGUUUUCUGUAGUAAAUGUACAGACUAUAGAUACCCACUGUCCUGGGAGGAGGGACGGAAAGGACGAAUUUGUACAUCUUGUCACGUUCUUCUUAGUAAUCAAUUAAACCCUGGUCCUCCGAGUCGUCCUAGAGGACUGCUAGAGGUUCCGGCCAACUCUCCUAGUAUCUACGCAGGCUGGUUGGUUCUACGUAGUCCUGGAAUUAAAUCCUCCUCCUCUAGUAAACGAUUCUUCGUCCUCCUCCCAGACUUUGUCCUCUACUCAUACAGAGGGGAGCAGGACAGCUCCGCCCUAACUGCCACACCACUACCCGGCUUCAGUGUCGGGUGGGGGGCAGAUUUGAGGGGGGACGGGUACGCCCCUGAGAAAGACAGGGACAGGGUGAUCAAACUUUAUCAUCCUUCAAGUAACAGGGUGUAUUAUUUUGCAGGAAAUAAUACUUCAGACGUUCGCAGGUGGGUGGAAGUACUGAAACUAGCAGUGAAAGCUGAACUACCAUCACCAACAAACUACAACAACCCAACCCCGAACUUGUCUAGUAAACAAACAAUCGAUGUCAAAAAAAAAUCAACUGUUGUUACCGAUCUGUUAAGAAAUGACAGUUGUGAAACUAUUCUAGAUGUAGGAGACAGUUGUGAUAAUAAAUCUGUAUCUUCAACUGAAUAUGAAAACAGUUGAGAUUUUAUUGCUGUCAAAAGUAAAAACAAUGAGUACCAAAAUACAUGAGACUGGCAAAAUGAAAAAUUUCGAUAAUUGGCUGAUUUAAAUUUAUUUCUUGCUUCAUCGUCUGAUGGUUUUGGAACCAGCGUUUUUCUUUUUAAAGAAUUGUUGUCAAAGUUAUAAAAUCAAAAUGUUUAAAUUUAAAAACUCUAGUCUAUUAAUUAACAAUUUUAAAAUUAUAAAUGAAAAUGUGUUUAAUGGAUAACAUGUAAAAAUGGGUCCAAGAUAUGCCUUAGAUUUUGUACUCCAAAUAGUUGCCUUACCCCCCCCCCCCCUCUUACCGGUGAUAAAAACAUAUUAUGUAAAUAAAAAUUUUAAUUUGGCUAUAGGUAACUGUUUAGCUUAACUUAAAGAUGUAAUGUAUAAACCGCUGUGAAAAAAAAUUUCAGGAACUUUUUUGCAACAGCAUGCAACAUUUUAAAAAUUGUUAAAACUUUUAAUCAUAUCAUCAUUUCCUCUACAGUUUUCAACAUAGCACAGAUAUAUAUGUAUGGUUUUUAAAUAUGAAUAUCAUUUAUAAAAGAAUGUAGAAUGUUGAAAAUAUUAACAAUUCAAAUUGUACUUUAGUUUAUGGUAUGGUUAACAGUGUAAUAAAAUGUCUAAAACAACAAGAUUAUCAAAAGUUUUUAAACUGAAAAAAUCUUUGCAUAAACUUACUGAGCAUAAUUAUAAACUUAAACUGUAUCCACCCUGGCAUCUUUAUCCUUCCUAUAGUUGGUUGUCGCCAAAAACAAGGAAAUUUGUGCAAUAUCUUUCAUGAAAUAUACUUAUAUAUUAAA